AUGAAACCUCCCGACGGACUGGUGGUCACAUUCAAAGCAGUUGCGUUUCGGGAAGGGACUAAUCGGAAGAGCUGCACAAUGUUUAACGAGAAUAAUGAGCUUAAAUGCUAUAUUACAAAACUUCAACCAAACUCUGUAUACACUGUUGCCCUGGAGGCUUGCAAGAACGAGGACGAUUGUGUGGCCUACGGUGAUAGUGUCCGUAUUCAGACGAGGCCUGGCGCCCCAGGUUACUCCACCUUGGAAUCCUCAGCCUCGGAUUCUCUAACUAUGUCAAUCAAACCUCCGACAGAUGCCACUGAAAGGGACUACGUCUAUGCGGGCACCUUUGAAACAUCUUUAUAUACAAAUGUCUUUGGUGGUGGUUGUGAAAUGAAGCAGCUUGCUGCCAACUCUGUCUGUCAAACAGACCUGGCUGUGCCCGACACGUACUACUACUUUCGUACCUUCGCCUGCACGCUCGAGCAUAUGCUGUGCACCGAAGGGCCUCAGAAAAGUGCACGUACCAAAGCGCCAGGCGUGAAACUACCCAAACCAGAGUGGGUCGGGCAAACCUCAACCAACAUCAGCUGGACAAAAGAACUCAGCACGUUUCAUAACAUACGCUAUGUCUUCGUGUACGCUAAAGACUACUAUGGCUACACACAGCAGUGCUUUUCGACUACGCGAGAUAAAUGCAGGCUGAAAAACCUACGGCCGGACACGUACUACACCAUAACAACCAGCGCCUGCAAAAAUCUCGGCUUCUGCAUCGCCUCAACGGAUUCAAUCACUAUACGAACCAAAAAGCCCGAUUAUUUGACGACUCCUACCAACGUCAGUGUUCGAAGCUUGACGCUUACAACCGUAAAUUUGACCUGGACCGAACUGCAGGUCGAGGAUAUAAACGUACGCGAUUCGAUUGAGUAUAUGGUCUCCUUAAAAGCAAUAAAUGAUCCAAAAAUCCCGGACAAAAGAGUCUUUUUCUCUGCAUACCCGGCCCCCAUUGACGGAAACUACUUGGUUGAAAAUCUAUACACUGACGUCAACUAUUCCAUAACAGUGUCAGUCUGCGCCAGUGACGACGUUUGUUCGUAUUCCUCAAAACCAGUCACUGUCAGAACUGUCGCAAAAGAUGGCUACAUAUUCAAAGCCACAUCGAUUGAACCGCUGACUGCCAGCGUUAGUUGGCACUGCAGUAAAUCAAAUCCUGACAGUGAGCUCAGAGUUUUAUUGAACUCCUCACCAACUGCGGUGUGCACCUCGGCAGAUUCUGUCGGUGAACAUACCUGUCAAGUCACGGGUCUUCUGCCUUCAUCCAGCAAUAGCGUCAAGCUCACUAGAUGCGAAAAGGCCACUGACGCCUGUGAGGAUCUGUACAACCUAUAUGUGCGAACAGCCAGUGGCGGUAUGUGA